GGCCCGCCUCCUCGUCGCCCUCGCCCUCUGCGGCACCGCCGCCGCCUACGUCGCGCCCCAGGCGCCGAAAUCCGCGUCGUCGCUCAACUCGAAGGCGGAGCUCGAGGCGCUCGCGGAGGCGAACGGCGACUUCCUCGGCUCGACGCUCGGCUUCUGGGACCCCCUCGGCGUGACGAACCUCGACUUCUGGGGCCUCGGCGAGGAGGGCACCAUCGGCUACCUCCGCCACGCGGAGAUCAAGCACGGCCGCGUCGCGAUGGCGGGCUUCCUCGGCUUCUGCGCGCAGUCGACGCCGUUCGUCGCCGGCGAGCACAGCCUCCCCUACCGCUACCGCGGCGAGUCCCUCACCUACCCGACGCCGCCCUACCGCGGCUUCGUCGAGAACGUGAGCCCCCAGGAGCAGUGGGACAACAUCCCCCUCAUCGGCAAGCUCCAGAUCCUCGUCUUCGUCGGCAUGCUCGAGUCCUACGGCGAGGGCGCGGGCCAGCCCGACGGCUACGUCCACUACACCAAGGGCGGCCUCCCGGGCUACUACCCGCCCAUCGUCGGCGGCGGCGGCGGCCAGAUCAGCCUCAACCUCUACAAGCCCUUCGACAUCUUCCCGGAGCAGGACGAGGCCCAGAAGGCGCGCGGCCGCCAGGUCGAGAUCAACAACGGCCGCCUCGCCAUGCUCGGCCUCAUCUCCCUCCUCGCGCAGUCGCUCCCCUCCCACGACGCGACGCCCGUGCUCUCCGCGAUCGCGGGCUUCCCGGAGUACUCCGGCAACGUCAUGAUCCCCUUCUCCAACGACUUCUCCAUCGACGUCUCCGGCCUCUUCUAGGCGACCACGCGAGCGUCGGCGGUUCGACGCGCGGCGGACGGGCGCGGACGGGCUCCCGCGCCCACCAUGCUCCGCCGCGCUCCCCGGGGCGAAGGUCCUAAGACGCGACUGGUGU